CACACGGGUAUUAAGAAGUAUGUCUGUCAUUGGCCUGAAUGCGACCGCAAGUUCGCCCGACCCGAGCACCUGAGACUUCAUACACUUUGGCACAACAACGAUAAGAAGUACCGGUGCCCGUGGCCCGGCUGUUCCUACCGGACCUGUUUCUCCAACUUUUUGGACACAAACGAGGGUUCAGUUAUAGUCGAGGAAUAUAUACCACUGAAGACUAUUUACACACAAUUGCAAGACAUCUGCAAUCAUGUCAUCGACACCACCACUGAUCGGAGGACACCAAUCGAUGACAAUCAAGACAUUCAACAUAAACCACACCAACGGUUGUCUCCCGAAGACGAUACUCAAAGACCACCGAAGGAAACCUCAACGAAGAAAUUGAAACGAAAAUGUGAUAAAAGUUUGAAAACAAUUCAAAAUGAGAAGAAAGGAGCGAAAGAAAAGUCAAACCCAAAGAUCACCCGAAAAGACAAUAAAUCGAUGGCCGAAGAGAUCGAGGGCUCAAACACUCGCCAAACGAGAAGACUUCUUAAAUCGGAUGUAAAGCCCGUAUAUAUUGACCACAAACUGGUAUAUGAGUGCCAAAGACCUGAUUGUGACAAACAGUUUAAACACAAAAACAGUUUACGAUAUCACGAGAGGUCUCAUCUGAAUCCCAAGACCUACUCGUGUGUGUGGCCGGGAUGUGAUUACAAGACACGUGACAGAAAUGGUCUCCCUUUGCAUAAUCGCAUUCACACGAAGACAACGCUAACCAAACCGCUUCCUCUUCGGUAUAAACCACAAAAGGAAUCAAUGAAUGACACGAAUGAUGACACACCAGACACCACUUCAGAGGACACGUCGGGCGUACCUAUGGAUCAGAUAACACUCCGUAAACGUAUACGCGAGCAGUUCCAGAGGGGUGUUCCCGCGGGUCAGGCCUUUAAGAUUGUGAAAACUCUUUACGGAUCGAUCAUAAGUCGGAGUACUUUGCACAAGUGGUACCAAAGGUUCAAAUCAGGGAAUCUUAGUGUCGAAGAUGACUCCCGUUCGGGUCGACCCAAACAGACAGACCUAAGGGUUGCCAACAAAGAGGGAAAUCUGGUGUUUCGGUGCGAAUGGCCUGACUGUGGAUCCGAGUACUCACACAAAGGCCGUCUAAAGCGCCAUAUGAUGGUCCACAUGAAUGUGAAACCUUACCGGUGCGAGUGGCCCGGCUGUGACUACGCCAGUAUCGAGAAUUAUGAACUCGAGUACCACAAAGCGAUUCACACGGGUAUUAAGAAGUAUGUCUGUCAUUGGCCUGAAUGCGACCGCAAGUUCGCCCGACCCGAGCACCUGAGACUUCAUACACUUUGGCACAACAACGAUAAGAAGUACCGGUGCCCGUGGCCCGGCUGUUCCUACCGGACCUGUUUCUCCAACUUUUUGGACACAAACGAGGGUUCAGUGAUAGUCGAGGAAUAUAUACCACUGAAGACUAUUUACACACAAUUGCAAGACAUCUGCAAUCAUGCCAUCGACACCACCACUGAUCAGAGGAUACCAAUUGACAGAAACCGAGACAUUCAACAUAAACCACAUCAUCGGUUGUCUCCUGAAGAAGAUAAUGAAAGUCAUCGGAAGAAAUUGAAACGAAAAUGUGAUAAAAGUGUGAAAAUAAAUAAAAACCCGAAGAAAGAAGUUAAGGGAAAGUCAAACCCAAAGAUCACCCGAAAAGACAAUAAAUCGAUGGCCGAAGAGAUCGAGGGCUCAAACACUCGCCAAAUGAGAAGACGUCUUAAAUCGGAUGUAAAGCCCGUAUAUAUUGACCACAAACUCGUAUAUGAGUGCCAAAGACCUGAUUGUGACAAACAAUUCAAACAGAAAAAGUAUCUCAAAAGACACGAAAGGAUUCAUCUGAAUCCCAGGACCUACUCGUGUGUAUAUCCCGGAUGUGAUUACAAGACACGUGUCAAGAAUGUGAUCACAAAACACAGACUCACUCACAAUAUGCAAGAAAGUGGUCAUAAAACUCGUCGUCUGCGACACAAACGAAAGUCAGUUAACGGUACGAAUGAAGACAAAUCAGGAGUUAAUCCGGAGGACACGUCGGACUCACCACCGGAUGUGAUAACAGUCCGCAAACUUCUUCUCGAAGAGUACCAAAACGGUUUGCCCACAAAUGAGGCCUUAAUACAUAUACAACAUCUCUACGGAUCGGUGAUAUCCAUGAGAACAGUCCAGCACUGGUACCAAAGGUUCAAAUCAGGGAAUCUUAGUGUCGAAGACAACUCCCGUUCGGGUCGACCCAAAAAGGCAGACACAAGGGUUGCCAACAAAGAGGGAAAACUCGUAUACAGAUGCGAAUGGCCUGACUGUGGGUCGGAGUACUCGAAAAAAUACCAUUUAAAGCGCCAUGAGAUGGCCCACAUGAAUGUGUGGCCCUACCGAUGCGAAUGGCCCGGAUGUGACUUCGCCACUGCCACUCGAAAUUCACUCUCAUGGCACAAAGGUAUUCAUACGGGUAUUAGAAAGUUUGUCUGUCAUUGGCCUGAAUGCGACCGCAAGUUCGGUCGACCCGAUAACCUGAGAGCGCAUAUGCUGUGGCACAACAACGAUAAGAAGUACCGGUGCCCGUGGCCCGGCUGUCCCUACCGGACCUGUUUCUCCGGUAAUAAGUAUGUCUGUCAUUGGCCUGAAUGCGACCGCAAGUUCGCCCGACCCGAGCACCUGAGACUUCAUACACUUUGGCACAACAACGAUAAGAAGUACCGGUGCCCGUGGCCUGGCUGUUCCUACCGGACCUGUUUCUCCAACUUUUUGGACACAAACGAGGGUUCAGUGAUAGUCGAGGAAUAUAUACCACUGAAGACUAUUUACACACAAUUGCAAGACAUCUGCAGUCAUGCCAUCGACACCACCACUGAUCAGAGGAUACCAAUUGACAGAAACCGAGACAUUCAACAUAAACCACAUCAUCGGUUGUCUCCUGAAGAAGAUAAUGAAAGUCAUCGGAAGAAAUUGAAACGAAAAUGUGAUAAAAGUGUGAAAAUAAAUAAAAACCCGAAGAAAGAAGUUAAGGGAAAGUCAAACCCAAAGAUCACCCGAAAAGACAAUAAAUCGAUGGCCGAAGAGAUCGAGGGCUCAAACACUCGCCAAAUGAGAAGACGUCUUAAAUCGGAUGUAAAGCCCGUAUAUAUUGACCACAAACUCGUAUAUGAGUGCCAAAGACCUGAUUGUGACAAACAAUUCAAACAGAAAAAGUAUCUCAAAAGACACAAAAGGAUUCAUCUGAAUCCCAGGACCUACUCGUGUGUAUAUCCCGGAUGUGAUUACAAGACACGUGUCAAGAAUGUGAUCACAAAACACAGACUCACUCACAAUAUGCAAGAAAGUGGUCAUAAAACUCGUCGUCUGCGACACAAACGAAAGUCAAUUAACGGUACGAAUGAAGACAAAUCAGGAGUUAAUCCGGAGGACACGUCGGACUCACCACCGGAUGUGAUAACAGUCCGCAAACUUCUUCUCGAAGAGUACCAAAACGGUUUGCCCACAACUGAGGCCUUAAUACAUAUACAACAUCUCUACGGAUCGGUGAUAUCCAUGAGAACAGUCCAGCACUGGUACCAAAGGUUCAAAUCAGGGAAUCUUAGUGUCGAAGACAACUCCCGUUCGGGUCGACCCAAAAAGGCAGACACAAGGGUUGCCAACAAAGAGGGAAAACUCGUAUACAGAUGCGAAUGGCCUGACUGUGGGUCGGAGUACUCGAAAAAAGACCAUUUAAAGCGCCAUGAGAUGGCCCACAUGAAUGUGUGGCCCUACCGGUGCGAAUGGCCCGGAUGUGACUUCGCCACUACCACGAAAAAUUCACUCGAGUGGCACAAAGGUAUUCAUACGGGUAUUAAAAAGUUUGUCUGUCAUUGGCCUGAAUGCGACCGCAAGUUCGGCCGACCCGAUAACCUGAGAGCGCAUAUGCUGUGGCACAACAACGAUAAGAAGUACCGGUGCCCGUGGCCCGGCUGUUCCUACCGGACAUGCUUUCAAAACUUUUUGGACACAAACGAGGGUUCAGUGAUAGUCGAGGAAUACAUACCACUGAAGACUAUUUACACACAAUUGCAAGACAUCUGCAGUCAUGUCAUCGACACCACCACUGAUCAGAGGAUACCAAUCGACAGAAACCGAGACAUUGAACAUAAACCACACCAUCGAUUGUCUCCCGAAGAAGAUAAUGAGAGACCACAGAAGACGACGAAGAAGAAUACAAAACGAAAAUGUGAUAAAAGUUUGAAAAUAAAUAGACUUCCGAAACAAGAAAUAUCAGAUCCAGAGGUCAGCGAUGAGGACACAUCCGACACGAAAUCAAUUGAAUACCAAAUCCGGGACUCAAUAUUAGAAGAGUUCCGCAAAGGAGUGACACAUUUGAAGACUAAGAGGAAUAUCUGUAAUAUCUAUGGAGAAGAGUUGGGUCAAGAGAUGUGUCGCAAAUGGUUCCGCGAAUUCAGAUCACAAGGGAUUAAGCCGUCGAAGACUGUGAAGACUAAAGACACAGACAAUGAGUGCAUAUAUAGGGACGGCGUUCGUGUAUAUCAGUGCCGAUGGCCUGAAUGCGGCAAAGAGUUUAGACAGAGAUGUCUGGUCCGGGACCACGAGAUGAUACACUCGGACACCCGGCCCUAUGUGUGCAAAUGGCCCGGAUGUGAAUACAGGGCUAACCGGCGGCACGCCCUCAACAAACACGAGCUGAUCCACACCCGGAUCAGAGAGCCACCCAUCCGUCUACCUCUUCGGCAUAAACCCAAGGACUCGACAGACAGUGGCGGUAACGACACGUCGGACGCAUCUCUCGAUAAGCUGGCCGUCCGGAAGUUUCUGCUGCAGGAGUUCCAGAAGGGAGUGGCCGUCUGUGAGGCCUACAAGACUAUGCGCGGUCUGUACGGCAAUGUGUUGAACAACAAGACGUGUCACAAGUGGUACCAGAGGUUCAGGUCCGGGAAUCUCAGUGUCGACGACUCCGCUCGCAAGGGUCGGCCCAAGAAGUUUAAGGUGACGUAUAAGGAGGGAAAGCCUGUGUAUCACUGCGAAUGGCCCGACUGUGGGGCACAGUAUUACUCGCAGAACAACCUCAGACAUCAUACGUUGAGGCACCAGAACAUUAUGACCCACCGGUGCGAUUGGCCGGGUUGUGAGUACGGCACCGUCAAGAAGCGAAUGCUGGACUACCAUAAGUCCAUUCACACCGGUAUCCGGAUGUUCAAGUGUAAGCUACCCGACUGUGAGCGUACAUUCAGUCGACCCGAUCAUCUCAGUGGUCAUAUGUUGUGGCACAACAACGAUAAGAAGUUCCGGUGCGAGUGGCCCGGCUGUCAGUAUAGGUCGUGCUUUCGGGGUAAUGUCGCUAAACAUAAGAAACAAAAGCAUGGAUUUACUAAUUAA